AUGCAUGUGACUCUAUUGUCUGCAUCUCCUGGAGCCCAACGCCAUGCGCUCGCUGCCCUUCACUUCCCAUGGCCACGCGCUGCUGCCUCCCUCCGCGGACUCACUCAGGCUCAACGUGACCCCUUCACACGCCGCCCGCUGCCCGCAUUGCGAUUGCGCUGCUGCUGUGCGGACGCGGGCUAUAAGGCAUCGGUGCCAAGCCUUCGAGCCCCGAAUGCUGUGGAUGGAGAGGGGAGGAGGAGGGGAAGGAGAAGGCGGAACGGGAACGAGAGGAGGGAGAUGGAGACGAGGAGGCGAAGAGCCAGAAGCAGGGAGGACAAGGGAGUGGGAGGAAUGGGAGUAGGAGGGGGAGUAGGAGGAGCAGGAGGGGCGGGGGGGUUUGAUACCAGCUGUGACCAACGCACUUACCCUUACCUUGUCCCGCCCAACCCCUUCCCUCCUCCCUCCUCCCUCCCCUUCUCCCGGCCCUCAUUACCAUCGAAGCUGCAGGAGCAGCAAGACGAGAAGGAGGAAGACGAGAUGGUGGUGAUGGAGAGUGUGAACGGGCGCCACAUGGCCAUGCAGCACAUGCUGCAGGGCGCAAAUACCCCUUGCCCCCCUGGCCCGCAUUUGCUUUGCUCUCUUUCCCAGCCCUCAUUACCAUCGAACCAGCAAGGGGUAGAUGAGGAGGGGGGAGACGAGGAGGACGACGAGAUGGUGGUCAUGGAGAGUGUGAACGGGCGGCACACGGCCAUGCAGCACAUGCUGCAGGGGCGCCUCUCUGCAGUGCACCACGUGGUGACGCUGUGGGUGGAUGGAGCGCUGCCGCUCGCCCUCUCUGCCCUCGCUGCUUCAAAAGACCUCGCUAUGAGUGCGGGACCAUUUGUGGUGGCAAACGUGCAAGAGGUGCUGGCGUUGCACUCUUUUCUCUUCCUCCCCAUCCCCCACACCUCAGGCGGUGGCAGACGUGCAAGAGGUGCUGGCAAUGCAGGCAGCCAGGCGCCUGGUGUUGGUGGUGGCAGACGUCUUGGAGGUGCUGGCCAUGCAGGGAGGCAGGCGGCUGGCGUGUCUAAUCUGGGGAUGGAAGGAGCCUUGCAGCUGCUGAGUCCCUUCUCAUUCCCUUAUCUUCCCUUCGUUGUCCCUCCCUAUCCCCAUACCUCAGGUGGUGGCAGACGUGGUGGAGGUGCUGGCCAUGCAGGGAGGCAGGCAAGAGGUACGUGUGAGUGGCGCUGA